UUUCAGCUUUUCUUCUUCACGAGUUCACGCCUCGAUCAGAGAUCUAAAGCUCUCCGAGUCUCAGACAACGGAUUCAAUGGAAGCGAAACAAUCUGAAAGAGAAGAAGUAUCAGCGGCACAAGCAGUGUUUGUUGGAGCUCUAGCUCCCGGCGUCAAUGCUCCGACUUGGAACACGUUGAAGAUUGCAUUCUUGAUGCUGGCCGUGUGUCUUGCUACUAUGCUCGGCUUGGCUUUCUCCUCAAGUGACUAUAUGUUGACUCUCCAUGUGACUUUCCUUGUUUUCAUAACUGGGAGCCUUUUCCUGCUUCUUACCAGGUUUCUUGCUGAAACUGGGUUGGUUUCCGUUGAACAUCAAAUGCAGGAAAUAGGCUUAGCACCCAAAGACGAUGAAGAUAAGUGCAAGAAGAGCAGUUGAAGCUCCUCCAUCAACACACGGUUUUACAUGUGAAGUGAUACAUGCUGGAGCAUAUAACAGAAGACACUACAGUCAAGUUUACAAUUUACACGAAAGCAAACAGAUCAUUGGCAAUGAAAACGAAGGAACCAUCAUUGCCCAUUUUCUACGGCUCUGAGAAAGCUUCAUUUUCGCUUUGGUUCCUUCUCCUUCGAACGACCCUUUUUCCGCUUGAUGAAGCAGAAACAAGAACAGCAUGGGAGCUGCAGCAUGAACAUGUCUUCUCCUUUGAUGAUUGUGGUUGUUCACAAAUCUCCAGUAUUUAUACAGGGCACCUGCCCUGGGUUUUGUGUUUAUUUGAGUACUUUAUUAUCAUGUGAUUUUAUUCCAAUUAGCCAUAUAUGCUAAACCUGUCAAUGCAUGCUAAUUAGCACUUGGCAGAAGAGGUUUGUUUUGGUUUCCUUCUCAUCAGAAGAAAGAUUUAAAAUACUGGUGCACAACUAGUGAGUGUUAUCUGUCUUUUACUCUUUUCUUUAUGGAUUUGUGAAAUUAUUCAAAGAUUAUGCACCCUAAUGAAUUUCAAGUAUCAUAUUAAA